GUAUACAAACAUAUAUAUAUAUAUACACAUAUAUAUAUAUACACCGACAGAAGCCUUCUCACACGGAACUAAACAUAUUUCAUCAACAAAUAUUUUGUGACUUAAUAAUAAUCAAAUAAAAUGAAAACAAAUUAUUGUGUUAAAGAAAACAAAAUGUAUAAAAUAUAUGUUAUAGGAAUAAUAUUAUUUCUAGUAAUAAUACUUUACGCGAAUUCUGAAAAAUCAAGUGGAUUUUACAUCGACGAUGGGUUCAAUCAGACAAUUUUACAUGAAAUUUUUAGUUACGAACAGAAACGAGAAAUGAAGAGAAAAUUGUUAAAUAUCCUGGAAUUACCUGAGAAACCAAAGAGAAUUACACGUAGAGCUUUGCUAAUAAAGAGAUCAGCACCUAAAUUCUUAUUGAACAUUUACAAAAAUGUAUUAUCUAACGAUAAGGACGCGUCAAUUCAAAAAGAAUUUAAUUUAAGUGGUCAUGAUAUUAAUAUCAUUGAUCAGAGUGACUUUAUAAUGACGUUUGGUGCUCACAAUCCAUACUCAGGUAAUGCGUCUAAAACGAAUCGUGGUAAAAGAAUUUGGUUUGAUGUAUCAGAAGUACCACAAGAUGAAUACAUUAUUGCGGCCGAGCUAAGAUUAUAUCAAAGUUUAGAUAAAAAUAUUGAAUUUAAUGAAACUUAUACAGUGGCAGUAUACAGAGUGGCAAAAACGGAAAAUGGAGGACGAAUUAAACAUUACAUUAACUCGACUAAUACUGUAACUGGAAAAGAAAAUUGGAUAACUUUAAAUAUCAAUGAUGCUCUUGAACAUUGGAUCAAAUAUCCAAAGGAAAAUCGAGGGCUAUUUUUAGCGGUACAUCGUGUUAAUGAUACGAGUCAUAUUAUAAGACCAGAUGACAUAGGAAUUAUGGGUGUUCUAGGAAUUCCAGAUAAGCAGCCGUUUAUGGUAGGAUUUUUCAGAAGUACCGGUAAACGUAGUAAACGUGAGACACUUCUUCAGCAGAAAAUUGAUAUUAUACCUGAAAAACAAUAUUCUAAUAGUAGAAAAGUUCUAAAUCCUUAUAUUACCUCUAUAACAAAAAAGAAAAGAGACCAUGUAUGUAACAUUAAAACCUUAUAUGUAAGUUUCAAUGAUCUUCAAUGGCAGGAUUGGAUUAUAGCUCCAGAAGGAUAUAAUGCCUACUACUGCAGUGGAGAGUGCAAUUUUCCACUGAACAUACAUAUGAAUGCAACUAAUCAUGCUAUUGUUCAAACUCUAAUACAUCUGAUGAAGCCAACUGAGGUACCAAAGCCAUGUUGUGCACCUACAAAACUAUCACCAAUAUCAGUACUUUAUUUUCUUGAUGACAGUAAUGUUGUAUUAAAGAAAUACAAAAAUAUGGUCAUUAAUAGUUGUGGGUGUCAUUGAGAAAUUGUUAAACUA